UAGAAAAACAAUUCGAGGUUUAACGGGUCUGUCUAUUGCGAGUUGCCAUAUACACUGCAACCGCAAAAAAGCCUAAAACCCUCUCAAACAUUCGCCGCUCUCUACCUUUCUUUAUUAAACCCUAACUCAACCAUCCCAUACUGUAAAAGAAAGGGGAGAGAUGAGUCAAGAGGUGGCGCAGCCGUUGGCAACCGUGCCGGAGAUAAUAUUGAAGAAGAGGAAAAGUAAUGAAGAAUUGGCUUUGAGGAGGAAGGAGCAAUUGGAGCAGAGGAAGUUUCGCCUUAACAAGAACAAGCAAGAGUUUAUCAAGAAACCUGAGGACUUUGUCAAAGAGUUUCGCUACACGGAGGUGGACCUUGUCCAAAUGAAACACAGGUUGAAGAGAAAGAGAUCAGCAUUAGAGACAACUAACCCCCAGCUUCUUUUGGUCAUUCGCAUACAGGGGAAAAAUGACAUGCAUCCUGUUGUUAGGAAGAACUUAUACAGCCUAAACUUGAGGAAAAUCUUCAAUGCUGUUCUCGUGAGAGCAGAUGAAGCAAUGUUAGAAAAGUUGCAGAGGGUGGAGCCUUAUGUUACCUAUGGGUAUCCUAGCCUUAAGAAUGUGAAGGAGUUGAUUUACAAGAAAGGUUAUGCAAAGAUAGGCAAGCAAAGAGUUCCUUUGACUGACAACAACUUGAUUGAAGAGGCACUGGGGAAGUAUAAUAUCAUAUGCAUAGAAGAUAUAGUGCAUGAAAUUGCUUCUACUGGUAAAUAUUUUAAGGAGGCUGCCAGCUUUCUAUGGCCCUUUACACUCAACAAGCCAGAAGUAGGAUUGAAAGGAGUAAAAGCACGUUACCUAGAUGGUGGAGACACUGGUAAUCGGGAGGAUAAAAUCAAUGAUCUGAUUAGCAAGAUGAAUUAGCAAGAUAAAAUCUUAUUAUUGUAACAAGGACCCGACGUUUUCGUUUGUUCUUUAUCUAUACUGGAAACAAUGUCUGUAUGGUGACUUUGAUGCAGUUAAGGCUGUUAAAUUUUGAAUGUUCUUGCCC